AUGGCUUCCGCCGCCAACUGUGCGCGGUGCCUCACCAGGCCCACGACGAUCGCAGCAGCAGCGCCUCGGAUCCUCUCGCAGCGAAUCGUGCCCAUCAUCACGUCGUACUCCUCGGCUACCGGAGUCGCGCCGUUCUCGACCUCGUCUGCCGACUCCGCCGCCGCCCGUCGGGUGACGUAUAUUGGAAAGCACAUCCGUCGCGGCAAGAUCAACCAGAACGCGCGCAAGAAGCGGGACACCGCCAGGGUCAAGAAGCCGGCUCCCGGAGAGAGAAAGGCCUUCCGCAAACGUAUCACGCUGAGCAACAACAAUGCUCUGGCCGUCGAGGGCCUCCAGGAUGUCGGCAGAGAGACGCUGGCCGUGGCGGAGAACAAGGGCUCUGUUGUUGCCUUGCCGGAUCAGUUGGUCGACCAGCUCCGGACGCUCGAAGCGUUCAAGACCACUCAGAACUGGGGUCUAUUCCGCAGGCCGCACAUGCUCGUUCGGGGGGAGACGGUGAAGCUCGUAAAGAGGCUAGACGGCGCCGUCAAUGAGAGGCAGACGCUGAGGAUGGUGUUGACGGGUGACAAGGUUGUGGGAAAGAGCAUGUUGCUGCUGCAGGGCUUGUCCCACGCGUUGUUGAACAAUUGGGUUGUCAUUAACAUUCCCGAAGCCCAAGAUCUCACCAACUCCAACACGGACUACAGUCCGGUCCCCAACACCAAGCCCCUCCAGUUCUACCAGCCGACCUACUGCUUCAGUCUCCUCCAGCAGAUCGUCAAGGCCAAUGGCCCCAUCCUGAAGCAGCACAAGAUCUCCAAGGAGUACCCCGAGCUUCUACACGUCCCCAAGGACGGCACCUUGCUCGACAUUGCUACGGCCGCAAAGGAGCCUGAGUUCGCCUGGCCCGCCUUCCAGGCCCUUUGGCACGAGCUUACCACGGCCCCCGACGGUCCGCCCGUCUUUCUCGGACUUGAUGGCCUCUCCCACAUCAUGAAGAUUUCGGCCUAUCGCGACCCGUCCUUCAACCUCGUGCACUCGCAUGACCUCACACUCGUCCGGCUGUUCGUCGACGCCCUUUCUGGCAAGACUCCGCUCGCCAACGGCGGUGCCGUCAUCGCUGCCACGAGCCGCAGCAAUGCGCCCCGCUCCCCGUCCAUGGAGCUCGCCCUGGCCCAGUCUGCCGCCGCCGCUGCCGACCUGCACGUCCCCACUCCGGACCCCUACAACAAGGGCUACGACGACCGCGUCUACGAGGCCGUCCGCGGCGUUGAGACCUUCAACGUGAGCGGUAUCAGUCGCGAGGAGGCACGCGCCGUGAUGGAGUACUGGGCCGCCAGCGGCCUCAUGCGCGCGCGCAUCGAUGAGACCACCGUCGCGGAGAAGUGGACAAUCUCCGGUGGUGGUGUUCUCGGCGAACUGGAGCGGGCGAGCUUGCUGAACUCGCGUAUGCUGCAGUACUAA